AUGGAGAGGGUUGGGGAGCCAGCAGCAGAUGGGCGACUCAUCUCGAUGCCCCGCGUGAUUUACCGAAAGACGAAGAGGGGACGUGUAGCGCGGCUUCUGCGCGAGCACUACUCUCAUCUCGUCUCUCCACUUCCACCAGCCUUCCCUUCGUUCGUGGCGAGCCGCACGUUCACGCUCCUCUCCAAGAUCCUCCAGAACCUGGCCAACCUGAUUGAGUUUGGCCAGAAGGAGCCCUUCCUGGCCGACAUGAACCAGUACAUUCUCGCCAAGAAGGGCGACAUGAAGCGUUUCCUCGACACCGUCUCGAGCCUGGCGCCGGCCGACAAGCCGGGACUGGCCGAUGAGCCGGAGAUCGAUCUGCAGGUCGAGAUGGCGACCAUGUACCACCACCUGGUCAACAUGCGUCCCGCCAUCGCCGAACACCACACCGACUCGCCGACCUUUGGCAGGCUGGUCGCGGUCCUGGACGCCAUUGGCCGCUCGCAGUUCUCGCCCCGUCCAUCUGCCGGCGCGUCGUCGAGCGGCAGCGGCGGCUUCCGACCCGCCACAGCCUCGGGCACCGGGCCUCGUACCGGCCUCUUGGGCUCCCGGCGGGGCUAG